AAUGCUCGCCACACCGUGAAUCAUUACUUGUUUCAUACGCUAUUCAUUACAGUAAAGAAUUAUUUUCGUUGCCGAAAGUAGCAAAGAGAAGGGAAUCGACGUUUCCUCAUCGCAUAUUCAAACGAAAUCCAUCACCCGUCGAUAUAUUUUCUUCUAAUUUUUACCAUUUUUUGAAUGUCGAGAAUUAAAUUUGCAGUUAAAUAUUGCGUGAAACAUAGUCUUAAAAUUGAAAAGAAAGAAAUCGAAAAAUUAAAGGUUGAGUUUCACGAAAAAUUCAAUGUAAUCUCCUGGGGAAAAAAAAAGAAAAAACAUCGAUUCUGAGAAUCUCGAUAUUUCUGCGACACCCCGUGUAAAAAUUGCUCUGCGUUGAUUCAAGUUCAUUGUCGGCGGAUUGAUUGAAUGAGAAGAACGUCAUAGUAGAAACCUGACAAACUGAUUGGUGCAACGAAUAGACAUUACAUCGGAGGUUGUUACAUCUCGCUGGUGCGACGAAUAUCUCGGGCAAAAAUACGGAUGCAUCUCAGCGAUCUUGCUUAUCUGUGCAGUUACGACAGAUAAAGCAGGGGUCGCAUAUAUUUAGCAUGAAAGUCAGGUUUCAGGGAAUCGUCGGUCAAACCGGCACCUCCCACUAUCCGGUGAAUAAGAAUGGUAGAGUGCAAUCCUGUGUCGCGAUUAUGCAAUUAUCCAUAAUAUUUCGUCACCGUACAAAUAAUAACUUUUAACAUUGCCCGUGAAAAACUAUAAACAUAAAGGUUAAUUUUUUUGUAUGCCGUGUGUGUAAGAUGAUUUAUAUGUAAUGUAUGUAAUUACACGCGUCAAGUAUCUCUUAUGCGACGUUAAAUAUGCCAAGGUGUAUGAAACCAGUGUGCGUGAAGAGAAUGGCGAUUGUAGCUGCUGUAAUAGGAUUCCUAUUGUUACAAGGAGCAGCAGCAUGGAAAACCAAAAUUACAUCAGAUAUAACUGUGCGCAUGAAUGAUGUGGUAUCAUUUCCAUUCGUUAUAUCUAAUGAGGUACCUACACAAUCAAAAUUGGUAUUAGUACCAAGUGCGGACAGUGAUGUCGCAAAAUUAAGUUUAUACGUACUGGUGCAAAAUGAAACUUCGUUUAAUGGUGUCUUAAAUAUUACCGGUGUGUUUCUUGGUACAACGAAAUUGACGUUUACUCUGAUGGAAAAUGAGGAUAAAAUAUAUAAUGAAGAUGUUGCUGUUAUUACUGUAAUACGAAAGGAAAGAGCAAUAGAUAAUGCAUUCACCAUCAGCGUUGCGGUGCUCGUAUCCAUUCUGUAUAUUAAUUUUGGCUGUGCGAUGGAUUGGAAUGUAUGUCGCAACACAUUGAAAAGGCCGAUAGGCCCAGCCAUAGGUUUCUUUUGCCAGUUUGUUAUCAUGCCAUUGUUAAGUUUUGUCAUUGGAUAUAUUUUAUUUCCUGGUCGUCCUGAACUGCAAAUAGGGAUGUUCUUCACAGGGGUAAGCCCGAGUGGCGGUGCUUCUAACAUUUGGACAGUAUUACUUGAAGGUAAUCUAAAUCUGUCGGUCACAAUGACAACGUUAUGCACCAUCGCUGCAUUUGGAAUGAUGCCACUUUGGAUCUUCACAUUGGGCAGAUAUAUUUUUGAGCGGGGAAAUCUCACGGUACCCUACCAUCAGAUCGGUACUUUCGUGGUUGGCCUCGUGAUUCCACUGGCUAUAGGAUUUCUCAUACAAAAAAAACUUCCAAGAGUAUCAAAGAUAUUAAUACGAAUAAUGAAACCAUUCUCUGUGAUUCUAAUUCUAUUUAUCAUUGUAUUCGCCAUUGUAACCAACUUGUAUCUCUUCAAACUGUUUUCACUAGAGAUUGUAAUUGCAGGAAUGGGUCUACCUUGGUUAGGCUUUUUGUUUGGUCUUAUAGUAGCAAAACUCUGCAGACAACCCCAAGCCGACAUACGAGCCAUAGCCAUUGAAACUGGUAUUCAGAACACAGGUGUGUCUAUAUUUUUGCUACGAUUUACUUUGAAGCCACCUACUUCUGAUCUGACUACCGUGGUUCCUGUGUCUUCCGCGAUUAUGACACCGAUACCGUUAAUGAUUCUAUACAUCGUCAAGUUAAUUUAUCAAUAUAGACAAAGAAUAAAGGAGAAAAGGAUAUCAAACUUUGCUUCAUCGAACAAGAUUCAAACAGUAGAGGGUUCCAUGCGAUCAAAUGUGUCUAGGUUAAUCGAAAAUACAGAAUGAAAUCAUUUUGUGAUCAUUAUUAGCAUUAAUGAUAUUUUGAGAAAGUCUCUAACUACAUUUAUGUAUCUCAUAUUGAUGUUGAAAAGUCUUUGCCAUAAGAGAUAAUUUGGUCUUGGGUGUUAUAUAGUUGUAAGUAUCAAUAUCUACAUUUGUUAUUAUCUGCUAAACAAAUAUUUAAGAAUAUAUUUUUGUGAACAUGUUAUUUAAAUAAUCAUAUCAAUAAUGACUAUAGUUUGAUACAAUUGUUCACAGCAGAAUAUUGUCUAUCACGAACAAAAUCUAUUAAACUUUUUUAUAAAUGUUAUAUUGUUUGCAUAUAUAUAUUUAAAAAUAUAUGAUACAGUUUUCUAAUUUAAUCUUUUCUCUUGUAGUUACAGAAUAUUUCAUAAAUACGAACUCUUAUAUACAAACUCCACAUACAUUUCAUUUGUAGAUAUAUUUUUAAAAGAUUUUGUCUCUUACAUCUGAUAUAACCUUUAAAUUUAAGUUAACGAUCUGUACACAGCGGCACACUAAGUUCUCUGAAUGCAAAAUGUUAUGUUAUCAGAGAGAAACCUGGAAGCGGCAUUUUACUUGAUACAACUUUUCACGACUGUCUGAAACGUCAUCUGCGCAUAUUUUAAGAAUAUUUUUA